AUGUAUAAUGAAUUCCAAGAUUCAACUAAUAACAAUGAUGGAUCACAACAACAGGGAGGUAAUGAAGGAGCACAAAAACGAACUAGAGCAUCAGGAGAAGUACUGGCGUUGUUAGUCAAUGAAUUCAAUAAAAAUGCCAAUCCUAACGCACAAACGAGGAAAAGGAUAAGUGAGCAGACAGGGAUGCCUGAGAGAAGUGUUAGAAUAUGGUUUCAAAAUAGACGUGCCAAAUCUAGAAAGAUGGAAAAAUUACAAGCUAAUGAGAAAGAGGACCCAUAUACUUUUGGUGUUGGGAGUUAUGUCUCAUCAACUACAAGAUAUGAUAAUAUUCCAUUGACUUUGAACAAUAAUUAUUUCUUCAUCGAUGCGAAAUCUUUGACAGUGGGUAGUUGGAAGCGUAUCAAAAGUGGGAAUCUCUCAAAUGAUAAUGUUUUCAGUGUUAAGAAUUUAUCAAAUUUGUCACCUUUCUCCAUAAAUGAAAUCAUGAGUAAUUCUACAGAUUUAAUGAUUGUGAUAUCAAGAAAAAACUUUGAGAUCAAUUAUUUUUUCAGUGCAAUAACGGAUACAUCAAAGAUUCUAUUCAGAAUUUUUUAUCCAAUAUCACAAGUCAACAAUUGUUCUAUUAGUAUAUCUCAAGAUGGUGAUGACACAAACAGUAGUCUAUGUGAAUUGAAGCUUUUAUUGAAUAAACCACCAAAAUUUGCAGUAUAUUUUUCUCAAACAAUGGCACAAAAUGUUAACCAAUGGUCUAUAUGUGAUGAUUUUAGUGAAGGUCAUCAAGUCAACGAUGCAUUUAUAGGAGGAUCCGGAUUACCACACGUUUUCACAGGGCUGGAGCAAUCAUUAAAAUUUAUGAAUUCGUUCAUUUUAGACUAUAACAGUACCAACGUCUCACAACAAGAAUUCUCAUUACCACAAAGAUUUGAUUCAAGAUCACCAACUAUAAUUAAUAACUACCCAAAUCAUCAACCUCCUCAACAAAUUCAAGAAAAUAACGAUAAUGACAUUGCAGAUUUUGAAUUCAACUCAAAUCCUUUAUUACAACAAUUUGUUCAAGAUCCAAAUUUUUCCAAUGACCCUAAUGAUGCUUUUGAAAACUUCAUAAAGGAAGAUCAAGGUACUCCAAGUGGACCAUCAUUUGAUCUAACAGGUGCGGAAAAUAAUAUUCAGAAUUAA